AAUGAUACCGUCGCGUGCAGAGUUUGCCGAGUGAACGCGGCGAGGGAGUAAGCGAUGGCUGACUGCCCGCCGCCUACACCGCGAAAGGAUACCGCAAAAUAUCUCACCUUUCUACGUUUCAGGUUUCUAUACUGUCUAGCCGUCGGACUGCCCCCGUGCCCGCAGGAAAAAAGAAUGGCGCCCGCGUCGUAGAUCCGUGAAUGCAUUGUGUGGAAUCGGGUAAGCUAUGAGUGCAUCGUUGCGGUACGCCCGAUAUUUCGGGGCGGUGGUCUUCGUUGCCAUUGUUCUUCUGAGCAUAGUUUACUAUUCUGCGAGACACGUCACCAGGUCUAGAUUGACCGAGUGCACCACCGACUGCGAUUGCGUUCAAAACAAAGCUGCUGGCCAUCUCGAUCUACAUAAUUCAACGGGAAAACGGCCUCCCGUGACAGUCGCCUUGGUCAGCUGCUCGGGGCGACUGGUCGAGACUGUGAAUAGCAUCAAGUCGCUGGUCGCAUUCUCCAGGGCCCCUCUGCGCCUGCUCGUCUUUGCCGACGCCAAGAACAUCCAGUCGAUUCAGGACAGUAUUUCACGGUGGCCAACCAGCGUAUACACGAGGUUUACCUAUGACCUGCGCCUGGCUCGGUUCCCGGUGAAAGACCCGGAGAAGUGGAAGGCACUCUUCGGGCCUUGUGCUUCGCAGCGGCUCUUCUUCCCUAGCUUGUUGCCAGACGAGGACGCAGUGCUAUACGUUGACGCGGACACCAUGUUCGUCGGCCCGGCGGAGGACUUGUGGGACAUUUUUGGAGAAAUGAACAGCUCACAGAUUGCAGCAAUGUCGUUCGAAACCGAGGAGCAAGGCAACUGGUAUCAGAAAUACGGAAGAACACCCUAUUAUGGGACAUAUGGUGUCAACUCCGGUGUGAUGGCCAUGAACCUGACGAGGAUGCGGGAGUACCGGCUGGAGUCCAUAGUAGAAGACCUAAUGAAAAAGCACGAGAAAAAUCUCAUUUUACCCGACCAGGACCUCCUGAAUAUCGCUUUUCACAACGACCCAUUGAAGCUGCACUUGCUCUCCUGUCGGUGGAACUACCGCACGGACAACUGCAAACACGAUUCUUCUUGUCGGGGAGAGACGGCUGCCCUUCUGCACGGGAGUCGAUACGUAUUUGUGAAAACCGAUAAGGGACCCGCCUACAGGGCUGCAUUCUUGGCCAUGAAGGAGUAUCAACUUGGCACAAGCCUGGAGGCCAACUUCAUCGACAAACUCCAGAAGAGGCUAAGGAGCACCCGAAAAACUGCUUGUGUGACCAAGUUCCUAGAAUUUCUAGAAGACUGGCGGGGCCUGGCAAGGGAGCUGGAUUUUGAACGUGGCUGGAACUGCACGACAACCUGUUGAAGCGUGCGUGAACAUACUAGUGCCAAAAACAUACAAUAAAAAAAGCGUUUAAAAUACGGAGACCACUUCAAAAAGACAUAAGGAUAUUACGUUAGGCAACCUAAACUACUUUCAAGAGGUUGCAUAUGAAAAUGUUAGGCUCCCUGUUUACUCUCGUUAGGUUGAAUUUUCCCAGUAUUAGACUACCUACACUACUAUCAAAAGGUUAAAGAUUCCCACACUUGCAGCUGACCGUUGUAGGAAUCCGUGGACAAGUCGAGGUGAACACCGCAGCUUCCCUUUCAGGAAUUCCUAGUAUAAUCGGCGAUAAUAAAGUUAUAUUUCUCUGGAAUUGAAUGAAACUAGUAUCAUGGGGAAAAACACUCAUGAGCGUCAGGCACUCAAAUAUGAAAUGUAAAUGUUCUGCAUGAUACGCCAGAGAAAAUAUAUUCCUUACUUUUAGUUAUCGCAGUUCAUAGGGCUGUCUAAAACAAUGCAACAAUGCAAAUUGCUUUCACUUCGUUUUAAGUAGUC